CGCGCCGCCAGGCCAACCUCCCAUUCCAGGGGCGGGCACCGACGGAGCAGCGCUGCGUGCCCCGCGCGCCCGGAGACCCAGGCUGAGAUGCAGGCCGAGGUCUGGAUGUUCCUGCUCGUGCCCCUGCUGCUGGCCCCGGCCCCUGGGUCCUCGGCUCCCAAGGUGAGGCGGCAGAGUGACCUCUGGGGCCCCUGGGGCACCUGGGGCCCCUGCAGCCGGACCUGCGGAGGGGGCAUCAGCUUCCGGGAGCGCCCCUGCUACUCCCAGAGGACAGACGGAGGCUCCAGCUGCGUGGGCCCUGUCCGGAGCCACCGUUCUUGCCACACUGAGAGCUGCCCCACCGGUGCCAGGGACUUCCGGGCUGAGCAGUGUGCCCAGUUCGACGGCCAGGACUUCCAGGGAAAGCGUUACAAAUGGCUGCCCUACUAUGGGGCCCCGAACAAGUGUGAACUGAACUGCAUUCCCAAGGGGGAGAACUUCUACUACAAGCACAGGGAGGCUGUCGUGGACGGGACGCCCUGCGAGCCUGGCAAACGGGACGUGUGUGUGGAGGGCAGCUGCCGGGCCGUUGGCUGUGACCACAACCUAGACUCAUCAAAGGAGGAGGACAAGUGUCUGCAGUGUGGGGGUGAUGGCACCACCUGCUACCCUGUCACAGGCACCUUUGAUGCCAAUGACCUCAGCAGAGGCUACAACCAGAUCCUCAUAAUUCCCUCGGGGGCUACCAGCAUCCGGGUGGAGGAGGCGGCCGCCAGCAGGAAUUUCCUGGCGGUGAAGAGCAUCCGUGGCGAAUACUACCUCAACGGGCACUGGACCAUCGGGGGUGCCUGGGCCCUGCCUGUGGCCAGCACUGUCCUGCACUACGAGCGAGGGGCCGAGGGGGACCUGGCGCCUGAGCGGCUCCUGGCUCGUGGCCCCACCUCAGAGCCCCUAGUCAUUGAGCUCCUCAGCCAGGAGCCCAACCCAGGCGUGAGCUACGAGUACCACCUGCCCCUGGGCAGCCCCCAGCCCGGCUUCCACUGGAGCCACGGCUCGUGGAGUGACUGCAGCACCGAGUGCGGUGGAGGUCACCAGUCCCGCCCAGUGUUCUGCACCACUGACAACGAGGUCUACCCUGACCACAUGUGCCAGCCCCAGCUGCGGCCGACUGACCACCGCCCCUGCAGCACUCACCCCUGUCCGCAGACCAAGCGGACCUCUUACCUGCACCAGCCCAGAGCGUGGCACCUUGCUGGGGCCCAGCGUGCCUGCAGGAACAGCUGGAAGACGGGGCCCUGGUCGCCCUGCUCAGCCUCCUGUGGCGGCGGCUCCCAGUCCCGCUCUGUCUACUGCGUCUUGUCCGAUGGGGCUGGCGUCCAGGAGGCCACUGAGGAGGCCGGGUGUGCAGGCCUGCCGGGGAAACCCCCCACCAUGCGGCCUUGCAACCUGCAGCGCUGUGCAUCCUGGAGCGCGGAGCCCUGGGGAGAGUGUUCUGUCAGCUGUGGUGCCGGGAUCCGGAAGCGGAGUGUCACUUGCCGUGGCGACGAGGGGUCUCUGCUCCAGGCGACAGCGUGCUCCUUGGAGGACCGCCCCCCUGUCUCUGAGCCCUGCGCGCAUGAAGACUGUCCCCCCGUCAGCGACCAGGCCUGGCAUGUGGGCGCCUGGGGUCUAUGCUCCAAGAGCUGCAGCUCGGGCACUCGGCGUCGCCAGGUCGUCUGUGCCCUCGGGCCGCCCAGCCGCUGUGGGAGCCUGGCGCAGUCCAAGCCUGGGGAGGUGGAGCCCUGUAACACACAGCCCUGCCACCUUCCUCCAGGCGUCCCCAGCAUGCAGGACAUGCACAGCAGCCCCAGGGAUCCUCGCAUAUCGCUGGGGCCUCAGGCAGCCCCCACCUCAGAUUCCAGAGGCCAGUGGUGGGCCCGUCAAGAGCAGCCCUCGGCCCAAGGAAACCCCACAGGAGCCCAGGGCCUCCACCUGCCAGCCCCAGCCCCCUCUUUUCAGCAAUCCCCACACAGACAGUCUGGCUUGGCACCCCACGACUGCAGACUCAGCCCCUAUGGGUGCUGUCCUGAUGGCCACACUGUAUCUCUUGGGCCACAGUGGCAGGGCUGUCCUGGGGCCUCAUGUCAGCAGAGCAGGUACGGGUGCUGCCCUGAUGGGGUGUCUGUGGCUGAGGGGCCCCAUCAAGCUGGCUGUGCAGCAUCUUACAGCAGUGAUAAGACCGGGAGAAGGCCGGUGUCGAGAGCAGUGGCUUCCACAGCUCCCGAGGCCCACCAGCCCCAGGCUCAGCAGAAGGAGCCCAGUGAGUGCCAGGGCUCCCGGUUUGGCUGUUGCUAUGAUAAUGUGGCCUCUGCUGCUGGUCCUCUUGGGGAAGGCUGUGUGGGCCAGCCCGGCUAUGCCUACCCUGUGCAGUGCCUGCUGCCCAGUGCCCAUGGCUCCUGCACGGACUGGGCCGCCCGCUGGUACUUCGUCCCCUCCGUGGGCCAGUGUAACCGCUUCUGGUAUGGCGGGUGCCAUGGCAACGGCAAUAACUUUGCCUCCGAAGAGGAGUGCGUGAGCAGCUGCCGGGGACGUCAACAGGAGGCCCCCAGACCUGAGCCUGGGGCCUCUGGCCAGAGCACCCAUAGAGACGGUGGUGGCAGCGGUCCUGGAGGCCAGCAAGAGGCCGGCGGGCACAGGAUGGGGGCCACAGUCCAGACGAGGCCCUUGCUUUCUGGUGGCCUCUGGUGGCGAGACCGAGAGCCUGGGCCUGGAGAGGAGGGCCACGCCCAGGCCUUUGGAGAGAGGCCCCUGGGCCAGGAGCUUGGGCCCAGUGCCCCUGGACUGGGCGGAGAUGCCGGGAGGCCAGCGGCGCCCUCCCACAGCUCUUCCUACAGGAUCAGCUUGGCAGGCUCAGAGCCAGCCCUGGUGCAGGCGGCCCUGGGGCACUUAGUGCGCCUCUUCUGUCAAGACGACACCUCCCCGGAGCCCCAUGCCAGGUGGCAGAAAGAUGGGCGGCCCAUCUCCUCUGACAGGCACAAGCUGCAGCCCGAUGGCUCCCUGGUCAUCAGUCCCCUGCGGGCAGAGGACACUGGCACCUACAGCUGUGGCAGCAGCAGGCCAGGCCGUGACUCUCAGAAGAUCCAGCUUCGUGUCACAGGGGGUGACGUGGCCGUGCUGUCUGAGGCUGAGCCAAGGCACUUCCCUCAGACCAGGGACCCAGCCCAGGGCCACAGUCCUCGGGAGUCCAGCCUAGUGGGGAACGCGGGGGGCCUGGGGGCUGUCUCCUCCUUGCAGAUUCGGCCCACGACCAGGCUGCUUCUGGACAGGAACCAGCCUAGGGUGGUGGACGCCCAUCCAGGUCAGCGGAUCUGGUUGACCUGUCGUGCUGAGGGCUUCCCACCCCCAGCCAUUGAGUGGCAAAGAGAUGGGCAGCCCCUCUCUUCCCCCAGACACCAGCUGCAGCCCGAUGGCUCUCUGGUCAUCAGCCACGUGGCUCUGGAAGAUGGCGGCUUCUAUGCCUGUGUCGCUUUCAACGGGCAGGACCGAGACCAGAGAUGGGUCCAGCUCAGAGUUCUGGGGGAGCUGGCCAUCACAGAGCUGCCCUCUACUAUGCUGGUGCCAGAGGGUGACACGGCCAGGCUGCUAUGCGUGGUGACAGGAGAAAGUGUAAACAUCAGGUGGUCCAGGAAUGGGCUGCCGGUGCGGGCCGACGGGCAUCGAGUCUACCAGUCCCCAGAUGGCACACUGCUGAUCCACAACCUGCAGCCCAGAGACGAGGGCUCCUACACGUGCAGUGCCUACCGUGGAAGCCAGGCAGUCAGCCGCAGCACGGAGGUGAAGGUGGGCCCGCCGGCACUGGCAGCCCAGUCCAGGGACCUCAGCAGGGAGUGUAUGGAUCAGCCUGAGCUGGCCAACUGUGAUUUGAUCCUGCAGGCCCAGCUCUGUGGCAACGAGUAUUACUCCAGCUUCUGCUGUGCUAGCUGUUCCCGCUUCCAGCCUCACGCUCGGCCUGUCUGGCAGCAGGGAUGAAGGCUAGCUCCAGCCCCAGUCCUGAAGCAAGUCUCAGGCUGCUGUCUCUAGCUGGCAAAGGGAGCGAUCUUGUAGAGAAUGGGCUCUUUCAGCCCCCGACCCCCUGACCCCCCCAGUCCCCCCCACCCCACAGUGCUGUGCCUCAACAGCAGACAGCACCUGCCUCACUUCCGACACUACGGGCAGCGGUCAAGAGGAGUCUGCUUGGAUAAGGACACCCUUUAUGGCUUCCUUCUAUAAUUUCUGUUAUACAGGAUCAAUUCACUGGGUUCUAAAGCAAGCUACCAGGGUUCUCACUUCAUUUAAAGCU